AAGGAGAGAUUAGAUUAUAUAGUUUAACACUCCCAGAGUUUCUGAUUCCAUGGUAUAUUGUUUUGAUUUAUUUACUUUACAAUCAAAUUUGUUUUUUUUUUUGAAAGAAUGUUAAAUUAAUUCAAGCAAAAAAAACUGUUUUACAUUUUGUGUUACAUUGGAGCUGAAGUUUUUAAUAAAAUCUAAUCAAAAACUGAGCCUUGAAUAGUUAUCUAGUGGCAAACCAUUUGGUUAAACCUCCUGAGUGAGCCUUGUCACGGAUGGAGGAGAGCCUGUUACGAACAAUCUUGUCCACCAUUUGAAUUAGUUGGUCAGGGGUCCUUGGAUUCUCCCCAUGUUUACGCAGGUUUCGUUCUCUCCAUAUUGCAUAUAGAGUAAUAAAUAUCGACUCUUGUCUUUUAUCUUGCUAGGUCCAUAAUGCUCGGGAUGAUGAUGCUAAAGGCUGGGCUAGGCGAUUUGUUACAUCUGUUGAUAAAUACUUACCCAAAAUCAUGGAGCCCGACUCUAAGGAAGUUGGGGGAUGGACUAUAUUCUUUGCCUUUUCAUGCUUGUUGUCUAUUUUCGUAGAUCCCCUCUUCUUCUUCCCCAUACAAGUCAGUGAGGUAUGAGAUAUCUCUCUUUUGCUUCUCAUGUUUUAUAUUCUUGCACUUGAGCACCAUCAUCUUUCAUACUGCAGAGUGGAAAAUGCAUUAGGAUCGAUGAAAAGAUGGCUCGCGUAUUGGUAGCUCUUAGAAGUUUAACAGAUUUCUUAUAUUUUGUAAACACCCUGCUUCAGGUGUGUGUCCUUUUGCUUUCAUUUUUGUUAUAAGAGAAUCUAUUGGCUUACUGCUUCUUAUUUCAUAUUUUGUUGCAGUGCCGAUUGGCAUAUACAGAUCCUAAGUCUACGGUUGUUGGUUCUGGCCAAUUGGUUAAGGGAUCAGUAGAAAUUGCUAAGCGUUACUACCGAGGAAAUUUUCUCCUAGACUUGGUCAUAGUGAUACCACUUCCACAGGUAUCAUAAUGUUAGAGCUACGCCAGUUUUCUUAAUGUCAUUGGAAUAUGUUCAUUUACCGUUGAUCUCUCCUUUCUCUUUUGGUUACAGAUACUGAUAUUAUGGAUAAUACCGCACGUGUUAGUCAUAUAUGGGGCAAACACUAUAAAGAACCUUUUAUGCACUGCAGUUGUUGUCCAAUGCAUCCCAAAGUUACAUAGGCUUUUUCAUCUUCUAGCCAGAAAAAGAACAACAGGGUUCAUAUUUGAGUCGGCUUGGGCUAGCUUCUUUAUUAAUCUUUUUACCUACAUACUUGCUGGUCAUAUUGUUGGAUCUUGCUGGUAUCUUUUUGGUCUGCAGGUAUGACAAAAGUUCCAAAACUUGUAUUAUUGACUUUAAACUAAUAUCAUUUUUAAGUAAUUAAACUAAUACAGUAAUACUCGUUAUGUGCUUUAAUCAUUUUCUUGUCAUAACCAACAGUCAACAGAAUAUGUGAAUAUUUAUUUUUAGUGGUUUAUUGAUUCUUCUCGUUUUGUCUCUUGUAGAGAGUUAAUCGAUGCCUUCGUGAGACGUGUGGAGAUCAUAUGGAAUCGAAAUGUCAUGGUGUAUGCAAAGAACUAAUAGAUUGUGGUUUACGCCUAAAAGAAAAACUAAUAGAUUGUGAGCGUCGUAACACGACAGUUACACAGGCUGUGUUGAAUUGGAAUGUGACUGCUGCCGCUUGUUUUCAAGAGAAUGGUUUUCCUUAUGGAAUCUAUUGGAAGGCAGUCAAUCUCACCCAUGACUCUAAUCUGCCCAAAAAAUACAUAUACUCUCUUUUCUGGGGGUUUCAGCAAAUCAGCACGCUUGCUGGAAACCUAGUCCCAACUGACUUUGUCUGGGAGGUCUUAUUUACCAUGGCUAUCAUCGGACUGGGGCUUUUCCUUUUCGCGCUUCUUAUUGGUAAUAUGCAGAACUUCCUUCAGUCUCUCGGCCGCAGGAAUAUGGAAAUGACUCUGAGACGGCGUGAUGUAAAUAACUGGAUGAGUCAUAGACAGUUUCCAGACGAUAUAAGAACGAGGGUGAAAAAUGCUGAGCGAUUAAACUGGAGUUCUACUAGAGGAGUUAACGAAGAAUUGCUCUUUGAGAAUAUGUCUGAUGACCUUCAAAGAGAUAUAAGACGACACCUCUUCGCAUUUCUCAAGAAGGUGAGGAUAUUUUCGAAGAUGGAUGAACCAAUCUUAGAUGCCAUCCGUGAGAGGCUGAAACAUAAGACUUACUUAAAUGGUAGCAUGGUCUUGCACAGCGGAGAUCUAGUUAAAAAAAUGGUAAUCAUAGUGAGAGGUCAGAUGGAGAGCACUCGAGAAGACGGUUCUUGUACUCGUUUAUCAAAGAGAGACGUUUAUGGUGAAGAACUUCUCACUUGGUACGAACGCUCUUCUCUAAACCCUGAUGGGACUAGGAUAAGGAUGCCAUCAAAGGGAUUGCUUAGCAACAGAGACGUUAAGUGCGUGACAAACGUGGAGGCGUUUUCACUCAGUGUAGCAGAUCUUGACGACGUCAUGAGCUUGUUCCCGAAUCUCGAGAUUUCUAAGGAGUCAUAGAGUACAAGGAGCCAUGAGGUACGAAUCUCCAUAUUGGAGGCUAUGCAGAUUCAAGUGGCUUGGAUAUAUAGAAGGAGAUGGCUUGGGAGAUCGUACUGCUCAGUCAAUUAGAUUGUAAUUUUAUUUUCGAUGGAAAUUAAUGAUGAUAUAAGAUUGGUGGUUGCUAUACAACUAUAUUGUACGAUGUAUUUUUUUGCUUCAAUAAGAUCAUUUUCAUCUAAGUUUAGAUUGAAUAACAUCUCAACAGUA